AUGGCUCUUCGACACUGUGACUUUGGAGAUUGCCAAAAUGCGGCGGAGAGAACUUUUGGAAGCUGCAUGCUUUGUUCGAAGCAUCUUUGCGCUGAGCACUAUGCCCCACCGCAUCACAAAUGCCCUUCAUCUGAGACAGAACCUAAGGCGUAUUAUGCCGCAUAUGAUGCUGCCAAGAAAACACACCUCGACUCUUUGCUGGCCAAAAUCAACUUCGACGCUCUAACACUACGUCUCUGUGAUCCCCUGCUUCCUCCACAGCCCGUUCAGGACUACGUAUUCUUGAGCGAAGUCGCUACACUGGAGUUCCUCGCAGAGACCGCUGUCCCUUCCCCCAAAGUCAACAUUUAUCAGCUAGAAUCACCCGAAAACCCGGUUGGCUCCUCAUUUGUUCUUAUGGAAAAGAUGCCCGGAACGGCCUUGCAGUGGAAUGAUGCCAGCUCAGAUCAGCGUACUAAAGUCAUGCAGCAGUUACUGGACAUAUUUUUGGAGCUUGAGAAACAUCCACUCCAGCAGACCGGUUCACUUGUUCCAGCGGAUGUACGGGACAAGAUUGGUGGAUUUGCCCAGGCACCGUUAUUUGAAACGCCUGGAAAGACCCUUGGUCCUUUUACAAAGCUCGAGUCUGCCUAUAAAGCAAUGAUAUCAUUGCAAAUGAGCGCCAUUGGCAACAGAGAGAUCACAAGUCUCCCUGUCGAUAACUACCUUGCAUUCCACUGGCGCCUCUCCGCGCUCUCAUCCCUCACUUCAUCCGUAGCCAACGACGGUCCUUUUUAUCUCAAGCAUUACGAUGACAAAGGUGACCAUAUUCUUGUGGAUGAUGACUAUAAAAUCACGGGGAUCAUUGAUUGGGAAUCCGCUUCAGCAGAAGCAAAGCACCUGGCCUUUAGUUCGCCUUGCAUGAUGUGGCCAGUUGGAGAUUACUAUGAUGGGUUGAAUAACCUCUCCGAAGAUGAGACUGAAUUUGCACGUAUGUUCGAAAUCCGUGGACGUCAGGAUAUCUCCAAGAUUGUCCUGAACGGCCGGCGAUGGCAGCGGUUUUUGUUUUUCCUUGGAGGUGGGGUGGAAAACGAUGAACCAACAUUCGAGUCGCUGUUCCAAGGUCUUCGAAUGUCUUUUGCUAUUGAUGGUGAAGAAAGCGUCUCGUCAUACAAGGAUUGGAAAGUUGAAGCCAUCAAUCAGUAUUCAAAGGAAGACCCCAUCUUGCAACGUUUGUUACGGGAGAAACGGGCUAAGUACGGAAAAGAGUAG